CCAGAGGGGCACCGGGGGGCUGCGGGUUGUGCCGGGAAGUUUUACUCCUUGAUCGGUUGGAUGAGGAGGAGACGGUGAGGGAGAGAGGCGCAAAAGCUCUGGGAGAACGGUGCCCGGAUACCGAGCGGUGCCAGGCUCUCUGCCAACAUGGGUGCCCGGAUACCGAGGGGUGCCAGGCUCUCUGCCAACAUGGGUGCCCGGAUACCGAGCGGUGCCAGGCUCUCUGCCAACAUGGGUGCCCGGAUACCGAGGGGUGCCAGGCUCUCUGCCAACAUGGGUGCCCGGAUACCGUGCGGUGCCAGGCUCUCUGCCAACAUGGGUGCCCGGAUACCGUGCGGUGCCAGGCUCUCUGCCAACAUGGGUGCCCGGAUACCGAGCGGUGCCAGGCUCUCUGCCAACAUGGGUGCCCGGAUACCGAGGGGUGCCAGUCUCUCUGCCAACAUGGGUGCCCGGAUACCGAGCGGUGCCAGGCUCUCUGCCAACAUGGGUGCCCGGAUACCGAGCGGUGCCAGGCUCUCUGCCAACAUGGGUGCCCGGAUACCGAGGGGUGCCAGGCUCUCUGCCAACAUGGGUGCCCGGGCACAAACACUCCUCCUGCUCCUGGGCGGCUUCUUCUCUACGGCUUUCUGCCACAUUGAGACACGAGCGCACGCAGAGGAGCGACUCCUGAAAGGUCUCUUCAGCGGAUACAACAAGUGGUCUCGCCCCGUGGCCAAUAUCUCCGAUGCUGUUAUGGUCCGGUUUGGUCUCUCCAUAGCCCAACUCAUCGAUGUGGAUGAAAAGAAUCAGAUGAUGACGACUAACGUGUGGGUAAAGCAGGAGUGGCACGACUACAAGCUGCGCUGGGACCCCCUGGAGUAUGAGAACGUCACAUCCAUCCGGAUCCCCUCGGAGCUGAUCUGGCGGCCGGACAUUGUCCUGUAUAACAAUGCCGACGGGGACUUUGCCGUGACCCAUCUCACAAAGGCUCAUCUCUUCCACGAUGGUCGGAUCAAGUGGACACCACCAGCCAUCUACAAGAGCUCCUGCAGCAUCGACGUCACCUUCUUCCCCUUCGACCAGCAGAACUGCACCAUGAAGUUUGGCUCUUGGACUUAUGACCGAGCCAAGAUAGACUUGAUCAGCAUGCAUAGCCACGUUGACCAGCUGGACUAUUGGGAAAGUGGUGAAUGGGUAAUUGUCAACGCGGUGGGCAACUAUAAUAUCAAGAAAUAUGAGUGUUGCACGGAGAUUUAUUCCGACAUCACCUAUUCCUUCAUCAUAAGACGUCUCCCCUUGUUCUACACCAUCAACCUCAUCAUCCCGUGUCUCCUGAUCUCCUGUCUCACCGUGUUGGUCUUCUACCUCCCUUCUGAGUGUGGAGAGAAGAUCACGCUCUGUAUAUCAGUGCUGCUUUCCUUGACUGUCUUCCUCCUCCUCAUCACCGAGAUCAUUCCUUCGACGUCUCUGGUCAUCCCUUUGAUUGGAGAGUACCUGCUCUUCACCAUGAUCUUCGUGACUCUCUCCAUCAUCAUCACCGUCUUUGUGCUGAACGUGCACCACAGAUCUCCGCGCACACACACCAUGCCAGCCUGGGUCCGUAGGACAUUCCUGGAUGUGGUUCCUCGAGUGCUCUUCAUGAAGAGACCAGCGAAAGACAAUUGCAAGAAAUUAAUAGAGUCCCUGCAUGCAAGAAGCUUCAACCCCCCACCCAGGCUUUGGUCUGAGGCCGAGAUCGAGCCGGCAUUUGCCAGUUCGUCAUCCGCUAGCCCCACUAGCCAACGACCAUCUCCAACGUCUUCCUGUUGCCAUCAGCUGGAGCAGUCGCCCAACGCUCAAGUCUUUUGCAAGUCCCCAUCAGGGCAGUAUUCCAUGUUGUGUGAGGAAUCUGCCCUAACCAGUUGCCCUUCUCCAAAGCCUGAGACUAAGCUACUGUCCGAGGCCCAGCCAAAUUUGAUGCCCAAGGUGCGUUCUGUAAGCGUGCAGCAGAUGUACACCCCCAAGGAGGCCAAUGAAGGUGCCGUCCGCUGCCGAUCGAGGAGCAUUCAGUAUUGCUUCCUGCAUGAAGAUUUCUCCCAGGCUAAUGGCCAGGCUAGCAGUUCCCCAGUAGCCCAAAAAGGCAAUGGGAAUGAGCCACAGCCUUCCAGCCACACCUCUCCUUGUACGUGUAAGCCCAAAAGCCAGGAGAAGCCAGUAGACCCAAGUCAAGGUGCCAAAACAGUCAAUGCCAAAGAACACCACGUGCUGCUAAUGUCCCCCUCGCUCAAGUUGGCUAUAGAGGGGGUGCACUACAUCGCGGACCACCUGAGAGCAGAGGAUGCCGACUUCUCGGUGAAGCAGGACUGGAAAUACGUUGCCAUGGUGAUCGAUCGCAUCUUCCUGUGGAUGUUCAUUAUUGUCUGCUUGCUGGGAACGGUCGGACUCUUCCUGCCUCCGUGGUUGGCUGGAAUGAUAUGAACUGACCCCCCCCCCCCCCCCCAUACACACCAGCAUGUGUCAGAGAGAGACUGGGGGAGGGGAGGGGGGGGUACAAUGGCACGGCCUGGAUCUGCAAGGAGAGGAAUGAGUUAAACUGGGUGUGGGGGGGUAGAGAUGGGGCUGUGUAUAAUUUAUAUAAUCAUCAGGUCAGCUGUUGUUAAACUACAACUCCCAGACUGGCUAUCAUUAUAACUAAUGGCCUGUGGGUUGGGCACCAUCGUACUAUGCUGAAAUCCAUUUCUGUCUCCAUGGUUUUCUGUAUGCACCGUCUCCAUCUUGCCCCACUGUCUCCAUCUUGCCCCACUGUCUCCAUCUUGCCCCACUGUCUCCAUCUUGCCCCACUGUCUCCAUCUUCCCCCACUGUCUCCAUCUUGCCCCACUGUCUCCAUCUUGCCCCACUGUCUCCAUCUUGUCCUACUGUCUCCAUCUUCCCCCACUGUCUCCAUCUUGUCCUACUGUCUCCAUCUCCCCAUACUGUCUCCAUCUUGCCCCACUGUCUCCUUCUUCCCCCUACUGUCUCCAUCUCCCCCUACUGUCUCCAUCUUGUCCUACUGUCUCCAUCUUGCCCUACUGUCUCCAUCUUGCCCUACUGUCUCCAUCUUGCCCUACUGUCUCCAUCUUGCCCUACUGUCUCCAUCUUGCCCUACUGUCUCCAUCUUGCCCUACUGUCUCCAUCUUGCCCUACUGUCUCCAUCUUGCCCUACUGUCUCCAUCUUGCCCCAGUAUGUGUGUGACAGGGUGUAACAAUGUGAGUGUGUGACCGUGUGUGUGUGAGGGGGUGACACUGUUAUAAAUAUAAAUAUAUAAGAACUCGCAUGAUUGGCUCCCGGAAUUCCCAGCGCUCCCAGCGCAGCCUGCAGGCACUCAGAUAUUUCAGAGUCGCAGCGUUUCCAGGCGAGACCCCCUGCUAUCUGCCCCUGACAGCUCACUGCAAGUGUCGGGGGGCUCCCGGCGGGUAAAUGAAUAAAUAUGAUUUGGGGGUC